CAGUUCGGCUUGUAUGUGAAACGGAACUGACGUAUUUUUCGAGGUGACGUUGACGUUAACAUUGCACCAUGGCAACGCGCUGAGCGCUUGCUCCAGCUUCCAGACCGAAGCAGCGGCUCGUUCAGAGACAGCGCGCGGUAGACUCACACAUGAGGAGAUUUGCAAAUAACAGCAUUGAUCUGCACUGCUCGUCCUGUGUGCCAGAUAUUAUAACUGCAUGACUAGAUAUUUGCUGUGUUUUGUUUGUUCGCUUUAUUGGUUUCGGGUGAAAAGUUGAGGCUCCACAGCGCGAGGGAGACGAUGCUUGAAUCUAUUCAAGUUACAGAACAGCUCUAUUGGCCGGAACUGGAAACAUCUAAGAGGUGUGUAUUAAGCCCAAUGGAGAAACCUGUGAGCCUCAGUCAGGUGCGGCUGGAGCGCGUGUCCUCUGGCGUUCUGAAGGAUCUGUUUAACACGGGCAUCAGAAGCUAUAACAUUCUGCUUCAGAAAGAAGCAGAUGAACAGAAGAACCCUAAGUACUCCCUUCACAGGUGCACCAAAAGAGCGCAAAGAGUCUCGACAGCAACACAUCGCACCAGACCCCAGCCAACCCUUGCACCUCUCACGUUGAGUGAGCUGACCGUUAGUUGCAGAGACACCAGGCACGAUCAAUCAGUCUUUUCCUGCUUCUCCACCAGCAGUUCCAGGCAAAUGAACAGCAUCAGUGUGCUGGGCAGCAUUCGUCUUUCCCCCUGCCCCAGACCCAAAAACAGCUUCCCAGCUGGUUCCCCAGGCACAAAACUGCCCCAGCUGUCCAGAGCAUGUCUCGCUGGUCGUGAUGGUGAGAACUCAAUCAAAAAGUUGUGCAUCCUCACUGCCAUAAAGCCGUCUAAUGUGGAGAAGGAGAGGGACAGAUUUUUCAAAUCGUACUUUAACUACAACCCUCAGUUUGAGUACAGCAAUCCUGUCCCUCCACAAGUGCUGGCAAAGCACAGCAAAGCUUCAGAUCGCUUCCUCACGCAGGCUGUACGGAUCAUGGAGUUGGCCCUGCAAAAAUACGGCUCCUAUGAGAAGUUUGAACAGGCUACAGGAGGAAACCUCCUCACCAAGAGCUGCAUCUGGUACAAUGUCAAAAAGUACAUGGAAAAGGAGGGAUGCACGGGAGAGAUUGUUGUUCAACUUACUGAUGACCUCCUGUCCAGAGCUUCAAUGACUGUGGUGAACAGCAGACCUACACUCACCAUUAACAUCUCUACUGCUAGAGAACAGUGGCUGGAGGGGAUGCUAAGGCAUGAAAUCGGUACACACUACUUCCGCGGCAUCAACAACAGUCACCAGCCCUGGAGCAAUAGUGGGAGAAGGAAGAAACACGGCCUGCGGCCCAUGAACCCCACUGAAGAGGGGCUGGCCAGCAUUCACAGCGUGCUCUUCCGCAAGGAUCCCACACUGUGGCGUGCUGCCAUGCUCUACUACACCGUCUACCAGGCCAGCCGCAUGUCCUUCUCACAGCUUUUUCACAACCUGGGCCGAUUUGUCCACGACCCCAACACACGAUGGGACUACUGCGUCAGAGCCAAACGUGGACAGACCGACACAACACAGCCAGGUUGUUUCAGUAAGGAUCAGGUGUAUCUUGAUGGCAUCCUGAAGAUCCUCAGACACAGAGACAAGAUUGAUUUCCAGCUGCUCAUGGCUCUGGGAAAGGUGUCAUUUGAGGAUGUGGAGCGUCUGAAAGGUCUGGCUCUGAUGGAGCGUGUGCGCAUUCCUCACUUCCUGCAGGACCGAGCGCACUACACAGAGCAGCUGCAGAAAAUCAUGGAGGUCAACCAGCUAACCGAUGAGGAGCUGUGCAUGCUUAUCUGACCUCCAGCAUGACUUUGAGUGAUGUUACUGACCUCACUAACAUACUGUGACAAAAGCCCUCCAUAUCUCAUCAAUAACCCUGCAUUCAUUCUUUCCCUCCACUGAGUCUCAAUCAUAUAUAUGUGCACUUCCAUGUUUUAAACCAAAUUGCACGUUAAAGUGUAAAAACCUAAGUGUAUUUCUUUCUACUAGUUACCUGCCCAAAAACAAAAGCCUUCAGUAACUUGUGUACAGUUUAUGUUGUGUUAGAUAUAAAAAGUUGGGGUGAAUCUCUUGAAACCUGUCAAAAAUAUUUCCAGGUCAUAUUUUUGGGACCACAUAUUUAUUUCUGUUGUUGUUGUUGCAUUGUGACGUUAUUUCCAUGACAAUUAAGAACCCCCUUCCCCCAAAAUUCCCAUUACUGAAAUACAAAACAGUAUAUUAUUAUUUAAUUAUACAGUAUAUAUGUUAUUUACAUUGCACUGUAUUUAGACAUCAUGUUAGUUUAAUUGCAUUGACAUAAAGGGAUAGUUCACCCAAAAAUGACAAUUCUUUCCUCAUGCCAUCCCAAAUGUGUAUGACUUUAUUUCUUCAGCAGAACACAAACAA